ACCAGUCUUACUUUUACUCUUGCAUCAGACGGUUGCUGCCCAGUUAAGUUGCGUAGGGGACCUCAUUGUCUUCUUUGUGAGUCAAUACAUUUCCCCAGCCACUAAUUGGGUUAGCCCAUUGAAAAGAGAGAAAGCCGCUUUCUUCUGUUGCCAUUAAAAAGUACAUAUUCAGUUCUAUGAUCCUAUUCUAAUCACCCUAUCAAGUUACAUAUCCAAAUUGCGAUUCGUGAAACACUCCGACUUGUUACGUCAGUCGGACAUUCAUUGCCGAAAGAAAAGCAAUAUUUGUAUAUAUACUCUAACGCAUAGAUCAACAGAAGCAAUAGGCCAGACAAAUUUAAAAUGGUUAACGAAUACACCGGGCCACCUGCCCAAGAGCUCGAAACAUUCUUACCCAAAGAUGCUAAAAAUGGGACAUCAAAAUACAAGAUCACUCCGGCGAAAUCCGAUGCGGAAACAGCCAUUAUAGCUUUUGACCCGUUUAAAGAGAGAAAGUGUGAACAUCCUACAACUGAUGGAGAAACGUUAACACAUUUGUUGAAAGCAUCGCUGGGUACUGGAAUUUUGGCAAUGCCAAUCGCUUUUAGCUAUGCUGGUCUUGUGGGAGGUAUUCUGGCUACGAUUAUGACCGCGAUAGUUUGCACCCACUGUGCUUAUGUUCUGGUGAAAUGCGCACAUACGCUAUAUCAGAGAACGAGAAAGACAGCUAUGACAUUUUCGGAAGUAGCAGUAGUUGCACUGGAAAAUGGACCUCAAUGGGGCCGGAAGUUCGCACCAUUCAUUCGUUAUUGUAUCACUUAUGGCCUUUUCAUAACAUACUUUGGAACAUGUUCAGUGUACACCGUCAUUAUCGCCACAAAUUUUGAACAAGUCAUAGAGCAUUACACCGGCACUGAUAUGAGCUUGCGCGUCAUGAUUGCACUUCUGCUGGUUCCAUUGAUUCUACUGUCAUGGAUUCCAAAUUUGAAAUACCUUGCACCAGUCUCGAUGAUUGCCAACGUCUUUAUGUGUGCCGGAUUGGGAAUAACGUUCUAUUAUUUGGUGACUGACAUGCCAGCUUUGUCCGAGCGGCCGAUGUAUGUUUCUGUGUUAAAUUGGCCUUCAUUCUUCGCGAUUGUCAUUUUUGCUAUGGAAGCUAUCGGCGUUGUUAUGCCUUUGGAAAAUCAAAUGAAAACUCCUCAAAACUUUAUCGGUCUGUGCGGAGUACUCAACCAAGGCAUGGCUGGUGUUACCUUAGUUUAUAUUUUAUUGGGAUUCCUUGGAUACGUACGAUAUGGAGAUGCAGCACUAGGCAGCAUAACUCUCAAUCUACCCGUAGAAGAAAUUCCAGCACAAGCCGUAAAGAUUCUCAUUGCCCUUGCUGUAUAUUGCACGUUUGGACUUCAAUUCUACGUCUGUCUGGAUAUUGCAUGGAUUGGUAUUAAAGACAAAUUUAAGAAGAGGCCUACGUUAGUCAACUAUACAAUGAGAACCAUCCUCGUUACAGCAACUGUGCUACUUGCCGUUGCUGUGCCAACUAUUGGACCAUUCAUUGGAUUAAUUGGAGCUUUCUGUUUCUCGAUUCUUGGUUUACUCAUUCCCAUUUUGAUUGAAACCGUUACUUAUUGGGACCAAGGAUUCGGAAAAUUCAACUGGGUUAUAUGGAAAAAUGUAAUAGUUUGCUUUUUUGGCAUAAUUGCCCUAGUAUUUGGGUCUAAAAGUUCAAUCGAAGAUAUCCUCAAGCUAUAUUUUUAAGAAUUCCUUUAGAUUUCACUUAUUUUUUGCUACUGCGCUAUGCGUUGUUGCGAGGCACAAAAAUACGUCCAACUAUGAUUGUACUAAUGCUUAUUUGUACUUAUACUCUCAAGACUUUAGGGAUACAUAAUGAGAUAGGACUAUUAUGCAUAUUGAAUGUAGCUCUUGAUGAGUACGAACAAGCAGGGUGUUUUACAGAAGAUCUUUGAAUACCUUAUGUGCAUUACGUGAUUGUGAUACAAACUAAGACAAGUGCCUAGUUUAAUUCGACAGUGCAAGUUUUGUAAAAACUGCCUAGAAUGAAAAUGGUAUCGUCAAAUAUGCGAUAACAACAUGUAUUAAGUGUGUUUCUUACUCAAAUAAACAAAAAAAAUAAAUAAAUACACUUAUUAAAACCCACCAUAAACUA